CCUAAACCCUACCCCACAUGCCAGCUUAGUGAGAGCUCAGCUUCUCCCCCCUCUACUUCUUAUACCCUACACAAACCCAUCUCCUCUCACCACUGAUUUCCACUUCAUGCCUCAAAACCUGCAAACUUUAGGCCUCAUUUUAUGUCCAAAUCUCUAUGGUGAUUAUUUUUAUUCCCAAAGAGACGCCUAAACCUUAGUCCCAAAACACCGAUUCAUCUCUCUCUCUCUGUGAAAACCUUUGUCUUAAUCUUCUCUUUAGGGGUGACCUCGUCACCUGAAUUCUCCAUUAAAUCUCAUUUGCAAGCCACCCUUAAUCCUGAUCUCCAAGCCUGAUUUCCUUUCAACACCCUGUUGAUGGUCCUUUUCCAAGCACCCAUCAAAAUUCCGGAUUGAACUACAUUUUCCGGCGAAAAUCAUAGACCCUUGAUUGUAGUGCCCAUAUCAGCGGGCUGGAAUUCAACAUCAAAACUCAUUUUCCGGCGACUCCUAAUCUACGCUCUUAAGUCUAAAUUUUUCAUAAUUCCCCAUUGAUGGUCUUUUUCCAUGUACCCACCAAAACUCUCCGUUGAACUGCAUUUUACGGCUACAGUCAUCGUCUCUUGAUUGGAGUUCCCAUAACGACCGGCCAGAAUUCAACAUUGAGCUCAUUUUCAGGCGAACCAAAAUCAGGAAUUCCUCAUUAAACCCCAUUUCCAGGCCAACCCAAAAGCCAAAAAUUCCUCGUUAAACCGCAUUUUCGAGACACCCAAAAGCCCAACUUUCAUCUCAUUUUCCGUGACCUAUAACCCCUCAUUAAACCUCAUUUCCGGCUUACCCCAAAUGCCAAAAUUCCCUAUUAAGCCUGUUCUCAUAAGACCCCAAACCCCUAAAAUAUCAUAUUAACCCAAAAUUCCCCAUUAAACCCAAUUAACAAACCUCUUCCUCAAAAAGGGUAAAAGAUAUACCCCUUCUUCUAGAGCCAUUUCUUACCCAACAAUGGCCAACUCUCCCGUCCCUGAAUCACUCGCCGGAACAGAUUUUCCGGUGAAACGAACCGCCGGAAACCAGCUCCCAGGCGACCAGAAAACCACGUUCCGGGGCGUACGGAAACGAAGCUGGGGCCGAUACGUAUCGGAGAUCCGCGAGCCGAAAAAAAAGACGAGAAUUUGGCUGGGUUCCUUUUUAUCGCCGGAAAUGGCGGCCCGGGCCUAUGACUCGGCAGCUUUUUUCCUCAAGGGAAACAAAUCGGCGCUCAAUUUCCCGGAACUCGCCGAGUUUCUGCCGAGGCCCGCGUCGAAUUCUCGGCGAGAUAUUCAGGCCGCCGCUCUCAAGGCGGCGAACGAGAUUUUCGUAGCGGAAAGUUUCGGCGAAAUUGAAGAUGAAAGGGUAGAGGAAAUCGACCUCGGAUUUUCGAGAAAUUUCGGGGACGUCCUCUCUUUGGAGUUUGAUGGGGAGUUGAUGGACUUCUUUGAGAGAGUGGCUGAUGCGCCUCUGAUGAGUCCAUUGAGAAUAGAGGCCGAAGGCCAGGGUAAUUUUGGAACUUUUACAACAGAGUUUUAUUUUUAGCUUUUGUAAAAAUAAUAGAUUAUACUUUGAAAUUAUUGUAACAAAAAAGAAAACACUUUAAAAAGUCUGUAAUUUAUGGGUUUAUUUUUAGAAGAUAGGAAAUAAUUUUUCUUUUUGAGUUUUUUUGGAGCACAAUAGUUGUAAUUUGAGCAGUGUCCAAAGGAGACUGUAGAGAAUAUUUUAUUUUUAUUUUUUGGAACACUUUUGGAAUAUAACAUCUGUAAUUUGUGACGCAGUGUCCAA